AGGGAAGAGUUGCAGCUCUAUUCGGGACACGUCGUGCAUUCACGAUGUUUUGAAGAGAAAACCCGUCGGGAUUCCCAUUUGGGCACGAUUCCCUCAAAGGAUUGUCCCGUUUGCGCGGAAGAGGAUGGAAUGAAU